AUGAAUAGAAAUACAGUAAUAGAUAAUGGAAAUAAUGAAUGUAAUAGAAAUAAUGGAAAUAAUGGAAAUAAUGAAAAUAAGAUAAAUAAUGAAAAUAAUGAAAUAAUAGAAAUAAUAACAAAAACAGAUACCGAUGACGUCUUA